CGGCGCAUCGGAAGCGAGGGACGCGGAGUGUGUGUGUGUGUGUGUGUGCACAGUACUCCGUGGUGUGUGAGUGUGUGAGUGACUGUGUGUGCUACGCUGUCCGCCAAAGGGAUCUCCUGUUUUAUUAGCUGGCCCCCACAUGCCGAGAUGGCAAAAGGCCGCGCCGGUAGCGUCGUAUGGUCCGCAUCUCCGUCUGAGGGACUUGUUCCGAAGGGGGGCAUGGCCGCAGCAGCAGGGCGCGCGGGAAAGGGAAAGUUUGCCGUCGGUCUGCAAGGCCCUGUCCUGUGCGCGUGUCCGCUGCCAUUACGACCUUGGACCGGCCAGAGAGGCCCAGGGCGUUUGUUCCGUCGACCGUCUGCCGACUAGCCGCCCUGCAAGCAUGGCAGACGGAGAGGGAGCGAGAGGGAUGGAGAAGAACCGCAAGCCAGCUUUUGGCUGGGCGGUCCAUGCUCGGGUUUCGCAAGGUUGGAAAGGGCAGCGUCACACUGGGCGAGGAAGCCGCAUUGCCCUCUCUGGGUUCGUCGGGGUACCCCCUUGCUCCGUUGCCGGUGCUCUUGGCCUCACUCUUACAGGGUCCCAGGGCUACACAGAACCUGUCGGUGCCUCGGCUCGCCAAGCAGCCAGUCCGCCAGCGCCAUUUUCCCUUUACAGACAUGCACCUUGGCCCUGGCCCGGCUGAGGUAGUGUGGUGCGGCAGCCAGCGGUCGUGCGGAUGGGGUGGGUGUGUGGCCAGGCGGACAGGCAGAGAGGGAAGGAAGAGACGGAUGGUAAGCUGCGACCGUCUUUUCUUGGAACUGGGCAAAACCACCGGUGGCAGCACAUCAAAACGAAGGGCUGGGCUGCCGCCGUGUCUCGCCUUGCAUCGUGCAAUGGCUCGGCAUGUUGGAGGUCCUGAAAUCGGGGAUCGGCAGCCGCUUGGGAAAACUUGGGUAAAAAAAAAAACCCCCUCGCUCCCUGUCUCGGGCAAGUUCGCAAGCGUGCCUUUGUCCAUUCCCAUAGAAUUGACAAAGUGUGAAACAUUUGCCAGCGUAUCAUGGCUGUUGCUCGAAGCAUGCUGGGAUUGGUGGCCGGUGCAGAAAGCCUGCUCAACGUUGGCCACCCCACCGCCCAGCCCGUUAGAGAAGGCGGUGCGACGCAAGGGACGGGGGGGGAUGCGCUGCCCUGUGCGCAACAGGAUUUGCAUUUUAGGUCGGUCGUUGGCCUGGCCAGCGCCUUUCUCUG